CCCGAGGAAGCCGCGGCCUGGGGCUCUCCGCAUGCGCAACCCUGGAGGCGGCGGGACCUCCGCGGGAGGUGCGGCCGCCAGGGGGCGCUGUGGCUGGACUGCGUAAAGGGGGGCGCUCCGCCCCGCGCUGCGGCUGCCUCUGUGGCCGCUGCGACCUUCGCUCCCUGACCCCGUGACCUCCGGGCGCGGAAGCGGCGGCGGUGACAUGGCCAAGUACCUGGCGCAGAUCAUCCUGGUGGGGGCCCAGGUGGUCGGACGGGCCUUCAUGCGGGCGCUGCGCCAGGAGUUUGCAGCGAGCCGAGCAGCAGCAGAUGCACGAGGGCGCUCAGAGAGGCCCCAGUCCGCCGCCGCUUCCAGGAUCAUCGGCAUCAGCCUCCAGGAGGCUCAGCAGAUCCUCAACGUCUCAAACCUCAACCCAGAGGAGAUCCAGAAGAACUACGAGCACUUGUUCAAGGUGAAUGACAAGUCAGUGGGAGGUUCCUUCUACCUGCAGUCCAAGGUGGUGAGAGCCAAGGAGCGGCUGGAUGAGGAGCUCCGCAUCCAGGCCAAGGAUGAGAAGGAGAAGGGAUGGAAAGCCGAGACGUGACUCCUGCUGCCUCCACGCCCUGUGUCCUUCACCCUUAACUUAUAGGUAGCCAAUAAAUGCCGUGUCCUUCAGCGCCUGGCCUGGCUGCUCUGCGCCCUGCGGAGAGAGAGGGGACUUACCUGCCUCUGCCCCAGAGAGACCAGCCCCUAGGAGGGGCUGGGUUUUUCCCUGGGAUGGAGAAGGAGGGAGGUGGCUGGGGAGUAAGGGGUGUCCCCAGGGCACUGAGGGCUGCCAGGGCUCAAAUGGCACUGGGGAGGCUGCGUGAGCUAUUUUUGCGGUGGGUUUGGAUGUUCUUGGUCUGAGCACAUGGAUACCUCUGGCUCCGUACCGCGGGAAUGCCAAGAGCUCUGUGCCAUUACCCUUCUCCCACUGCAGGGUGGCUGCUGGGUCAGGGUGAGGUUGCAAGGGGCCAUGGGGGACACACAUUGAGCUGUCCCCAUCCUGCAGACCCUAGAAGGGCUUCACCAGCACUGAGGGUGCACAUCUGGAAGAGUGGGGACUGGCUGGGGGUCAGGCAGAGCAAGUCAUGGCCCCAAGAUCACACCUGACACCUCCAGCACCCCUGUCCCCAACACAGGCUCCUCGCUGUCAUCACCACAGUCACAGACUGACACAGGGACUUACUUCAACUUCACUUUAUUGUUUUCUUAAUAAACUUCCUCUCCCCUGGA